AUGCAACGAACAUUAUCCUUUAUAUUCGUAUUCAGUUUAACUAUAUUAAUCUUAUCAUCAAAUUGUCAGACAUCUAUAUGUAAUAUAAAUAAUAAUGUUUUAAUAUGUAUUGCUACAAACACAACGUCUCUCGUGGAUACAACUUUCAAUAGUUCAAAUGGAUACAGUUCGAUCAAAAUUCAGUAUUACGGAAACGUUAAAUUGAACUUGAUCGCACCAUUAAUAAAACCAAUUGCUAUAGAACCUACUGAUGAAAGUGAUAGUCAUACACUUCAAAUAUUAACUAUAAAUACAAAUGCUUCUCGCAUUGACGUACGCUUUGUUCUUUCAUCAAAUCAAGCAUUACCAUUAUUUACAACAACUAGUAGUGUCAUAGCACCGCAAAGUACCUUAGGUAUUAGUGUAAAACAAAAUAUAAUGAAUUCAAAUGAUUUUAAAAUAUUUGAUGAUCCUUCAAGUUCAUUAAUAAUGAAUUUUGCUAAUUAUGAACUUAUUUUUGAACGAACUACUAAUGCUGGAACUUUAUAUUUACAUAAUCUUAUUCGUCCAUUAACAAAUAUUGCAAGUAUAACGAUUUCUGGUAAUUAUCAUCAUUUUAAUGUUAGUGAUACAGAAAUGCCAUCGUUUAUUAAAACUAAUCGAUUAUCAUUAAAAUAUCUUCGUUUAUCUGAUCGAAUUCUUAAUAAAUUUCCUUCACUAAAAGAAUAUUUUAUUGAAGAAUGCAAAUAUAAUAAAUCGGCACAAUUUUUAAUGUCUUCAGGAUCCUAUAAUAUAUCAUUAGAUAUGAAAAAUAAUAUACCUCUUGAUUUCACCUUACCAAAGCAUCCUACAACAUUUGAAAAUCUUCAAACAUUAAUAAGUGUAUCUCUUAUUGAACCAGAACUUAAUUCAUCUUGUUUAAAAAAUCUUAAAAAGCAAAAAGAACUUCGAAAUUUAUUAUUGGAACUGGAUUCAUAUUCACAAUCGGAUUUUACUGAGUGGAUACAAGACUCACCACUUGUUAAAUAUUUCACAAUUAAUAAGAUAUCAGAUUUACAUAUAUUUCCAUCAAAAUUUUUCAAUAAAUUAAAUGCUAUAGAGCAAAUUAAAUUACAAGGCACAUUCGAAUUGGACAAAGAAGACAUAUGUAUUUUUACUCGUAUUAAUAUUCAACAAAAUCCGAAAAGUCCGAUUAUAGAUUUAGAUAAUGGCGAUGGAUCAAAAGAUAAUAUAUGUACCAAAAUUUAUAUAGCAGCUAUUAAUCAAAGAACAAUAAAAGAUAUUAAAUGUCCUCCAAAAAAUACUUAUGAUGACUGUGAACGAUGGGCUAAUGCAGCACAAAAAUGUGAUUUUGUUUCAUAUGAAAAUCAAUGUACAGGCAGUACAAUGAAUCCUGGCAAUAUAUUUUUCUACAACGAAAGUUACCUAUAUAUUUUUUUCAACAAUCGUUUCUGGUUAAAUCGACCAACAAAUACAACAGAAUCAACAAUAAGAAAAGAUGAUUCAAUAAAUCUUGGUGCUAUUAUUGGUGCAUUAUGUGGUCUUGUUAUAGCUAUUAUUAUUCUUGGUACGACAAUUUUUUGCAUUUAUCGUUCUCGUCAAAAAAAAUCGGCAAAAAAUACCUUAUCAACGCAAGGAGAAAAAUAUAAACCUUCAUCAUCUGAUUCACCACGUGUUUCAAUUGCUACAAGCAAAUCAUCAAAAUCAUCACGUUAUGCACUUGAAAAGUCAUUUUUUCCUCCGAUUCAACCUAACGAUGAAAUAGCACCACCACUGUAUACUGCACCAUCUGAAUCAGUUGGUUCUGUAUCAACUUAUCGUGUACCACCAGUACCAAGUGCUCCUCGUGAAAGCGUUGUAACUCAUACAACACAUUUAUAUGAAACACUCGACACAUAA